AUGAGCGAUGCUCCAGACCUUCGCUACGUGCGAUACGAAAACUCGCGCGAAAAUGAAUAUGUUGCGGCAAUGCGCCAGCUGAUCUCCAAGGAUCUGUCUGAACCUUACAGUAUCUACGUCUACCGCUACUUCCUAUAUCAAUGGGGCGAUCUGUGUUUCCUCGCGAUGGACGAUAAGGAUGAGAUGGUCGGUGUCGUGGUAUCAAAGCUGGAACCACACCGUGACGGGCCCCUGAGGGGGUAUAUCGCCAUGCUGGCCGUGCGCGAGGAGUAUCGGGGCCGGGGAAUCGCAACCAAGCUAGUGCGCAUGGCUAUCGAUGCUAUGAUCGAGCGGGAUGCAGAUGAGAUUGUCCUCGAGACCGAAAUCACCAAUACCGGCGCGAUGAAGCUCUACGAGCGACUGGGCUUCCUUCGCAGCAAACAGCUCCACCGAUAUUAUUUGAAUGGCAACUCGGCCUAUAGACUUGUCCUCUAUCUCAAAGAGGGAGUGGGUGCGAUUCGAACGGCACUGGUUGAUCCCUACGGUCCUCCGCCAGCAGUGCCCGGCCUACCUGAUACAUGUGUUGGACAUUCCAGUGCAAAUAUGGGAUCACUCAUUUGA